GUCACUACUAUUGAGUUGGAGUGUACAAAUCAGUAAAGAGCAAAGAGGUUGGUUGAUUAAAUUUUGGGGUUGUGUUAGGUUUUGGAUUUGCAAAAGCCGCUGUCAUGUUUGAAGUUGAACACUGUUGCGUUAUGUGACAGUAGACAGAGUUUUGGAUGUCCUUUAACUUUUAGUAUAGUUCUUUUGAGUUAUUAGUUUAAAUUAUUUCGUGAGGUAAAUAUUGAGGGUUAAAGGAAAAUACUGAGAGAAAACUAUUUUUGUACGUAGUGAAUCAGUUUUAAAUAAUGGGUUCUACUAGUUUCUCACUCUGUUGGAGUGAUCAUGAAAGCUGUCUAAUUGAUAGCUUUCGAAAUCUCUUACAAAACAAUUCAUUAGUUGACUGCACCCUGGCUGCUGAAGGUCAACAUGUAAAAGUUCAUAGGAUGAUAUUGUCAGCUACCAGUUCUUAUUUUCAGAGCUUGUUUGAAGAAGUGAAUGAUAAGCACCCUAUCGUUUUUCUCAAGGAUGUCAAAUUUCAGUUGCUUAUGGCAAUAUUGGAUUUCAUUUACUCAGGGAAAGUUCAAAUCUCAGAAGAACAGCUUGAAGAAUUUUUAGUUACGGCACAGUCAUUGCAUAUAAAGGGCUUGCAUAGUGAAAAUAAGGUUGAUUAUGUUCUCAAAAAAGAUUCUCCAGGCCUGAAUCAACCAGUUGAGGAAGAUGAUGCAACACAAUCUUCAUCUAAAACAAUUGAAGGUGAUGUUUUAAAUGCUCUUGAAGAAGCAUGUGAACUUUUGCCUGUGGCUGAAAGUGCUGAAGAAAAUAACCUCAUGACAACUUCGACACAUGAAGAUAAUGUCAAUAAUACAAAUACGAGCCCACCUUUGGAUCAUCAAUAUUGUGCAGACAAUGGAGACAAUGCCAGCUCUGCCCCAUUUGUUCUUGUGUCUUCUGCUGCAGAAAAUUCUGAUGUGUCUGUUUGUGAUAGUGAAGAGUUGGAUGAUUUUGACAGCAAUGGUGAGAAAAUUGAUUGUGAUGAAGAGCAGCAAUCUGUCUUUUCUGAAGAGAAGCCAGUUGUUGGUGUUAAGCCAUUUGUGAGUUGGAAUGAUUCAAAUAAAGUAUUUUUGAAACUGAAAGUGAAAAAAGAACCCACAACAAAGAGAACUGAAAUUGAUUUCAAGAAAGUUCAGAAUGGUGUAGUUGAGAAAUCUGCUCUAAGAGCAGCAAUGGCAAGUUCUCAAGUUAAUAAAAUUUAUCAGAAAUCAGGCACCAUCGUAAUAUCUAAGCCAACAGGACUAUAUUCUGCCGUUUCUGCUCAGAAACAAAAAGUGAUGAUUUCUUCUCCUGAGAAGCGCCAAGCAUUUAUUAUAGGCAGCAAAGUAUUAGCUCCUCCUCACGGUGCCAUUUUCUCAGGAACAAAGGAAUGGUUACAACCUCCAAAGCCUAAUUUGGAAGGAAAACUGCAUUUCUGCCCAGAGUGUCAUAAGGCUUUCCGAAAGCCAUCCAUUCUUGCAAACCACCGCCGCACUCACACUGGUGAAAAGCCAUAUCAGUGUCAGGAAUGUGGGCGUAUGUUUAACCAAAGCAGCAAUUUCCGUAGACAUCAGCGAACUCACAUGGAGCAACGAAUGCGACUUGAGGCUCAGUAGUGUCUGUUUGUGAAUUCUACUUUCCCUUGUGUGAUUUUGCCUAUUUGCAUCUUAAUAUUUUGAAGUCAGACUUCAGUUUUUGAUAAACUCAAGCCAGUGAACAAUGUGUGCUCUAAAGCACAAUUUAAAUUAAGUGAAUCAAUGCGAUAAUUGAAAUGUUCAGAACUAACAGGUUAAUGCAUUAAUCAGUUAGAGAAUAAAUAUAUAUAAAUAUACACAUUUCAACUUAUUAAGUAACGCCAGACAAAAAACUUUCAUUUUUUUGGUACUUAUUAUUAGGUCAUUAUGUUUCUAUCAUAAAUAUUAUAAGAUAUUGGAUUCUUUUAAAACAUCAGGAGUCAUUUAACAACAUUGUGUAAUGUGUAAGUUCUUAAAAACCUGUUGAAAGGAGACAACUGUUCUCAAAAGUUUUGAAGCAUCUGAUUUUUAACUAUUAUAGUAAGUUUAUGACUGAAAGCUGGGAGAAUUUACAACCAGAAUAAAAUAUACCGUACCACUAUACAACAACCAGAAUUCAAUUCUGGUUGACUUAUUUUCAUUUACCCUUUUCAGUAAUUGAGAUACUGGGGGGGGGAAAUUUAUUUAAAAGCACUUAACUUGUUUACCCUAUAUAAUGGUAGUUUGUGAAUAAAGAUUAUUGCUAAGUGGCACUUGUAAGUGCAAGCUCAAUUCAUAUUUAUUACUUUUACAUAAUUGUUUUACUUGUAAGUUGACUAAUUAAAAAUUACGCAAAUGAUACAAUAGUCAUAUUUAAUUAUUUGUUAUUGUAUGUUUUUCAUGUCAGUUUUCAGAAAAUAUGGUAAUGUUGCUCCCUUAUUUUAUGAGCAGGACUAACCAUUCUAAAGCCAGUGUGUAGUUCCCCAUAAAUUUCAUAAUGACUGAAAACCCAAAGGGGAAGUUAGAGCAAGAAUACUCAUUAAACGCUCAUUACUAGUGAUGGCCAUUGAGCAGUAAGAGGGAAGAAAGUAUUAAAUGUCUAUCUAUUAUAUGAAUAAUCUUUUUAGUUUUGCCCCUUUUUAUGUAUAAAGCUGUAGAUAUUUAUUGUAUUCUUAUAUACUAAGAAACAGCUAAGGUUCCUCUUGAGUUCUUCAUAAGUGUCAAUGGGAAUUUUUUCAUAAACUAAUAGUAUGGUUUCAAUCCAAUUGUAAGAUUUUUAUGUCAUCUACUUUUCUCUUGUUAUCAUUGUAAUAAAAUAAAAUGUGUGUAUUAGUAAUAUUGUUUCCAAAAAUAUGAAUACAAAUAUUUUCAUUUGUAUUAACUUUUAUUGUCUUCUAAAUUAUGUUAUAUGAGCACAUUCCUGAGUCGUCUAAUGAGUAAGUAGCUCAGGUCAGUAAGACAAUUUCAGACAGACUUGCAUUCCAAAGUAAAGCAACAUUGCCAUUCUUUUCUAUACACAUUUUCCUUAGCACACACUUUUUAAAAAUAUACAUAAAUUUUAUAAUUAAAAACCUUUUUAUAAAGCAUGAUAUAUAGAAUUUUGAAUAUUUCUUUGUGAAAAUCUUCAAAUUUUAAUAAAUUGAACACAUCUGCAAUGAUACAGCUUAAGAGUGUAUGGCUUGGGCAUGUUGACUCCUGCACACACAUGAAGUUCAAAGGUCAACCAGAGGCAGGAUCCUUAUACUACAAACAUGGUAAAAUUAGCAUGAACACACUAUGCAGAAAAGCUUUCAAAAAUUGAAAGUUGAAAUUGUUGUUCUAAAGAAUAAUGUAAGAGAAGCAAGUUAUCCGGAGAAAGUGGCAAAUCUGUUCAACCAACACUUUUCUAGAAUU